AUGCAUUUUUCCCAAAUUCAUCUGGUAGGCUACAAAUUUGUGAACCCAUCUGAGCUGGACAAUCCUGACGAGCAAGCAGCACAAAUUAGGCGGGAACUUGACGGUCGUCUCCAAAUGGCAGACCAGAUUGCUAAGGAGCGUAAAUUUCCUAAAUUUGUGUCCAAAGAAAUGGAAAACAUGUACAUUGAAGAGUUGAAGUCCUCAGUCAAUUUACUCAUGGCAAACCUGGAAAGCAUGCCAGUGUCCAAAGGGGGCUCCGAGUUCAAGUUACAAAAACUAAAACGCAGCCACAACACUUCCAUCAUUGACAUGGGAGAAGAGAACGAAAACCAGCUCUCCAAAUCAGAUGUUGUGCUAUCUUUCUCCCUGGAGGUUGUCAUCAUGGAAGUUCAGGGUCUCAAAUCCUUAGCACCCAACCGGAUUGUAUAUUGCACUAUGGAAGUAGAAGGAGGAGAAAAACUACAGACUGACCAGGCUGAGGCAUCCAAACCAACGUAA